AUGAACUUCAACCCUGGCCAAGAACUAGGUGCAGAUAAAGCUCAUCAUGCUCCGUCUAUCCCUAUCCCUCCAAAACCUAAUGAAUCGUCCACGGUUCCACGGACUCUAGUCAAUGCUUCAUCACCUGACGAUGAAGAGCCGUAUAGUAUGUUCGACAAACGUCAAACAGCCUUGAUCGUGACUCUUGUCUCUAUCGCCGCGACAUUCUCAGGGUUCGCUUCAAACAUAUACUUUCCCGCUCUACCAACCAUCGCUCAUGAUCUAGGCGUCUCUGUCGAAUUGAUCAACCUCACGGUUACUUCCUACCUCAUCUUUCAAGGCCUAGCUCCCAGCCUCUGGGGCCCGAUAUCAGAUGUCAAGGGCCGAAGAGUGGCGUACUCUCUGACCUUUAUUGUCUUCCUAGGGGCGUGUAUUGGUCUAGCAGAGGCCAAGAACUACGCGACCAUGGUUGUGUUGAGAUGCAUCCAGAGCACUGGCAGUGCAAGUACGAUCGCCAUCGGUUCCGGCGUCAUCGGAGAUAUCACGACUCGAGACAAUCGUGGUGGGCUCAUGGGUAUAUUCCAGGCUGGGUUACUGGUACCUGUGGCAGUGGGCCCAAUCAUUGGUGGCGCUCUGGCUGGAUCCCUCGGUUGGAGAUCCAUAUUCUGGUUCCUGGUCAUCUAUAGCGGGAUCUUCUUGCUUUGCUUGAUUCUACUUUUACCCGAGACGCUGCGGUCUAUGGUUAGUAAUGGGAGUCGGACACCUACACAGGUCAUAGCCAAGUAUCCCUUGCGCUUCUAUCAGAAGACCACUAGGACGAAAUGGAACCAAGACAAAGACAACACUUUGCCUAUCGCGACGAAGAACAUCGAUAUCACACGGCCCUUCCGCAUCCUGAUCAGCAAGCAGGCGGCUCCCAUUAUCGUCUUUCUCGCAGUCUAUUACGCUGUCUGGCAAAUGAGUAUCACAGCUAUGUCUAGUCUAUUCGAAGACAAAUAUGACCUGAGCCAGACUAAGAUUGGGCUGACCUUUAUCGCGAAUGGCGUGGGCUCCAUGAUUGGUACUCUGGUCACAGGGACGAUACUGAACAUAGACUAUCGUCGUGUCAAAGCUCGGCAUGAGGCUAAACCUGCACAAGGCAAUGCAGAGGACGACGUUGAAACCCUUGAUGUGCAGAAAGCGAGGGAAAGUGACUUCCCACUCGAGACGGCGCGUCUACGCCUCGUCCCAAUAUUUUCUCUCCCCCAAUGUGCAUCAAUCUUGCUCUUCGGCUGGACUAUUCAAUAUCCCCACAAGGUUCACAUCGCCGUGUCAAUUGUAUCAACAUUUAUUACAGGUUGGACUGCUGUCUCCACACAGUCAGUGGUCAUGACAUACCUAGUCGACGUGUACAGCGACCGCAGCGCUGCAGCUAGCGCCAGUCUCAACCUCGCCAGGUGCUUAUUCGCUGCGGGAGGCACGAGUUUUAUUAUGCCCAUGAUCAACUCUAUUGGUGUUGGGUUGGCCUUUACUGUCUGUGUCGCGGUGCAGGCUCUUGCUAUGCUGAGUUUGGCUGUCCAAUGGAAGUUUGGGGCAAGAUGGAGACAUGAAGCCGAUAACAGGCAAGUGAACUCUGAUAUUCAGCAUGGUUGGGGUAGUGAAAAGUGA